AUUGACUUGAGUGGCCCAGUGUGAAGAAUGUUUUGGUUGUAGAGAGACAGAAAUUUCCCAGGGCGGCGCUAAUUUCCCGAGGAACCAGUAAUGUAGAACCACCACCACCACCACCACCUCCGUAACCACCACCACCGCCACCACCACCACCACCACCACCACCACCAUGUCCGAAUACUGUCUGCGUUGGAAUAACCAUAGACCUAAUUUAGUGACAGUAUUUUCCGAGCUCUUGACAUCAGAGGCCCUUGUUGACGUCACCCUGGCCACUGAUGGGCACUAUAUUCACGCACACAAGCUGGUUCUGUCUGCCUGCAGUGUGUACUUCAAGGACCUGUUUGGCGCCAACCCCUGCAAACACCCUAUAGUGAUCCUGAAGGACAUAAGGAUUGAAGACCUUAAGACAGUUAUCGAUUUUAUAUACCGCGGGGAGGUUAAUGUGGCGCAGGACAGGCUGCAGGAUGUUCUCAGGACAGCAGAGUCCCUUCGCAUCAAGGGUCUGGCAGAGAAUCCCAGAAGUUACGAUGAACUGUCUAGUCAUAGCACACGCUUCAUGGGCUCACAGACCAGCAGACAGCGUUCCUCCAUGACUGACUCCAGAGAACAAUCGCUCAGUGUGGAGGGGGAGGAGGAGGGGGAGGCCGCCACCCCACCCCCCAACAAGAAGAGAAAGAUGACCUCCUCGCAUGACAGCUCCGAGAGUGUCCAGGAGGAGGGAGAAGGAGAAGAAAGAGGAGGAGGAGGAGGAAGGGAAGUGAAAGAUGAACCCCCAGAUGACCCGGAGGAAAGACCGUCGAGGGAAGGAAGCGAACAGGACUCUGCCAGCAUGGGUGGCAGCCAGGAGGGAGUGGCAGGUGAUGACGCCACAGCUGCCACCACCACCACCACCACCAUCACCACCCCUGGCACCAGCACCACAGACCCUUCAUUACCUGCUCAUGCUCAAGGUCGCGGGAAGCGGGGCGUGUUGCAGCGUCAGCAGGUCAUCAUCCGGGAGUCAGCCAGCAGCGGGGGCGGUAGUGUGGCCAGCAUUGCCAGUGUUACCAGCGUGGGCGGCGGGGCGGAGGAGGCUGGGGGCAAGGGCGGCGUGGUGGCGGGCGUGGAGGUGAAGGGCGAGGGUGGCGGGGGCGCGGGUGGCGUGGCGGAGCUGAUCGUGCCCGACACGGUGGUGGUGAGCGGCGGCACGAUGACGCUGAGCUCAGCGCCCACCACGCUGCUGCAGGUGCCCACGCUGGUGGUGGGGCCAAGGGAUGCCCUGCCCAAGCAACACUCGCACCCCACGCCCCUGCUCACGCCCACGCCCGUGGUCACCAAGCAGCUGUCCCACCCCGAGGGACGCGGCCCGCCCACCCACGCCGGCCACCCCGCCAUCACCAAGCAGCGCUCCCAGCCUACCGUGGUGACGCACGCCCCCUCCCUGCCCCCACUGGAGCGCCUGCCCCUCUCACCCAACAGUGCCGGGGCAACCGUGCCCUCCUCCCAGCACCUGCAGGUCAUCCCCUACCCCGUGCUGCUCAAACAGCGCUCCGCCGGGGCUGCUGCCCCCCUGCAGGCCUCCUCCCUGCGCCCCAUCCAGCCCAAGCCCUCCGCCAGCGCCGAGGCUGCCGAACUGCCGCCCAAGAAGGACGUGCCUCUCAUCAGGCUCACGCCCUCAGAGGACAGCGGCGGUGGGGCCGGCGGCGGUGGCGGCGGCGGCUACGGAGGCGUGGUGGGCCCGCCCAGACUGCCCCGCGCGGCGAGCGAGGAGCCUGCCCUCACGCGCCACCCUGGCGAGCACAGCGGCGACCUGCUGGCGCCUGGCCCCUCUGUGCUGGUGCAGAGCGUGUCGCAGGACUCCGGUCUGGAGGCGGGGCCGCCCGUGUCCGCGCCGCCCCGCCUGGGCGCCACACCUCUGGCGGCGCUCACCGUGACGGGCACUCCUAUGCGCAGCGCGUCGUCGCCCGGGCACUGCCCCGUGCUGCGCGGCGGCCCCGCCCUGGGGUGCAACUUCUGCUGGAACAGCACGGACCCGCAGGGGCGCGUGCUGCGGCGCAAGACGAAGUACCACUGCCCGGAGUGCCGCACCAACCUGUGCAUCGUGCCCUGCUUCCACGAGUACCACAAGCAGAUAGAGAGAGUCCAGGAGUCCGACAAACAGAUCAGCAAGAUACUCACCAAGACUGGCUCCAUCUAGGCACCACAACACCACCACACCACACCACCACAGCAAUACUUAACGCCCGCACACCAACACCACCACCACCACCACCACACGCCGCCAGUGUGUGUGUGUAUGCCAGACUCCAGACACGUGUGCGUAUUUGAGACAGUGCGUGUGAGCAGACAGUGGUGUGUGAACGUUGUGUGUACGUCACGCGCCUACAAACUCAUGUGUACGUGCAGUGUGCACACCAGGCGGACCCUCGUGUGUGUGUGUGUGUGUACAGAACGUCAUGUGCGUCUUUGUGUUCGUUUGUUUGUUUGUUCCUCCCUUCGUUUGUUUAUGUAAGCCGUUUUGACGUGUGUGUGUGUGUGUGUAGUAACCCACUUUGAAAUUAUUAUUAUUAUUAUUAUUAUUAUUAUUAUUAUUAUUAUCAUUAUUAUUAUUAUU